AAGAAAUGAAAGUGGAAGUACUGAUUAGGAGAGAGGUUGGGGAUCUUGCAGAUCGCCUUUCUGAAGUGUUGAGACAGAGGGAUUUAUCCUACAUAGUCCACCCUCAGCUCCAUUCCUCCACCCCAAAUCCUCACCUCCACCUGGCACCCUGAGCCUUUGCGUUGCACAAGAGAAGAAGAACCUCAUGGAUGAGAAAUGUAAUGAGGAUCAGCUGCUGUCUGAGGCUGCUUUGGGAGCAGAGACACGAAGACCUCAGGAGGACACUCCGUGGUGGAGACAGAAGCUUCAGGAGCUCUGCUUCCUGAAGGAAGAACAGAAGAGGCUGCAGCUGAGAAAGGACGAGCUAAAACGACUCCAGACAGAGCAACGUGUCCCUCAAAAGAAGCAGGUCCCCUUCCCAGUGCCUCAGGCAGUGGUCGUGUUCCGAGGACAGACAAAGAAGGAAAAGAAAGUGCCUGAGACCUUCGUUUCCAAUCUUCGUAUCCAUUAUCCCCUGCCAGAGAGUUCAGCUUUGGUCAGCUUUGAGGACGCUGAAGUGGCAAAAGGUCUCCUGCAGCACCAAGAGCAUAACGUCAUCCUGGAAGAAUGCCAGCUUCGGCUUCGCGUCCGCAUCCAGCCUGUGGAAUUGCCUGUUCCCACCAGUAUCAAGGUGUUGACUUGGUUAUGCAGCCAAAAGGUGCUGAUUAUCGGGCUGCCCCCUGCCCUAAAGCUGGGUGAAGAGCAGCUGUUAGACAAGUUGGAGCUUUUCUUUGGCAAACCCUCGAAUGGAGGUGGCGAGGUGAAGAUGCGGGAGCUGCUCCCAGGGGCGGCUGUUCUGGGCUUUACUGAUGACAAAGUGGCCGAGCGCCUGGUCAGCAUCCAACACUUCAUGGUGCCCUUGGGUGGUGCCGAGGUUCCUUUGAGGAUCUUUCCUUAUGUCGAUGGGAACAUCCAAGAGAUGGAGAUAGGUCGCUGCUCGGUCCCCCACUCAGUGCUGGUGGUUAAUAUCCCAGACGUCCUUGAUGGGCCAGAACUUCAGGACGUCCUCGAAAUCCAUUUCCAAAAGCCAACUCGAGGUGGGGGUGAGGUGGAAUCGUUGAUAUUUGUAGACCCUGGGACACAAGCCCUGGCCCUUUUCACCCCUGAGUCGGGUUAGUGAGCCGCACAAGCUCCCCUCAAGGAUUCUCACUGUACCUUAUCGUCCCAGAUUUUGUAUCUGUGUUUAAAGUGGAGGGGAGAAGUCCUCAUUCCUUUCUCUCCAGCCUUUCUCCUCUAACGCAUUAAAACCCCUUUGUGCCACAGAAGGUUUGACCUGA